AUGCAGGGGAUGAAGUGGUUUAGCAUCAUGUCCCUCAGCACCAAAAGGAGUAAGAGGAGGAGUAGAAGGAGCAGCAGUUAUGGCAGCGGAGGCAAAAGUGUGCUGCUCUCCCUGGCUCUUCUAGUGGCGGUGACAGUCAUGGCAGACCCAGUGGCAGCCCAGAAGCAACGUACUGGUGGUGGCUCAGAGAAAGUGCCAGUACUUAACAUUGCUGUGAUCCUCGGGCGCACGCGCUACAUUUCAGACCGGGACAUACGUGCUCUGUGGAGCAAAGAGGACCCUAUCGAUGUGAAUGUGGUCACACUACUGGUCAACGAGACUGACCCCAAAAGCAUCAUCACCCACAUGUGCGACUUGAUGUCAGGGACCAAGAUCCAUGGCGUGGUGUUCGGGGAUGGCACUGACCAAGAGGCCAUUGCCCAGAUUUUGGAUUUUAUUUCAUCACAGACACUCAUACCCAUUUUGGGCAUCCAUGGAGGGUCUUCCAUGAUCAUGGCUGACAAGGAUGUGAAGUCAACAUUCUUCCAGUUUGGGGCUUCCAUCCAGCAGGAGGCUCUGUUAAUGCUGAACAUUAUGGAAGAGUAUGACUGGCAUGUGUUCUCAAUUGUCACGUCAAAGUUUCCUGGAUACCAGGAGUUCAUAAACAUCCUAAAGACUACAGUGGACAACAGUUUUGUGGGAUGGGACCUGCAGAAUAUCAUCACUUUGGAUGCCGUGGAGGAAGACAGUCGGUCUCAGAUCAUGCUCAAGAAGGUGCAGUCUCCAGUGGUUCUGCUCUACUGCUCUAAAGAUGAAGCAGUAUACAUUUUGGAGGAGGCACGCUCUCUGGGCCUGACUGGAUUUGGUUACAUCUGGAUUGUGCCAUCACUUACCACUGGGAACCCCGAAAUAACACCAGAGACAUUUCCAUCAGGGAUGAUUUCAGUGUCAUAUGAUGACUGGGACUAUCCACUGGAGGCCCGAGUUCGUGAUGGACUUGGGAUCAUAACAUCUGCAGCAGCAGCCAUGUUGGUGGAGUACGGUGAUAUUCCUGAAGCCAAGACAUCCUGUUAUGGCCCGAUGGAGAAGACAACAAAACUGCCACCUAGUGCUCUCCACAAGUACAUGAUGAAUGUGACAUGGGAUGGCAGAGACUUGUCGUUCACAGAGGAUGGCUACCAGGAAAACCCAAAGCUUGUUGUUAUCGUUCUCAAUAAAGAAAGAGAAUGGGAAAAGAUGGGGAAACUUGACAAUGGCAGCCUGACAAUAAAGUACCCAGUGUGGCCAAGGUUCAACUCUUUUGGCGAUGCCGAGCUGGACGACAAUCACUUGUCGAUUGUCACCUUGGAAGAAAAACCGUUUGUUAUUGUGGAGGAUGUGGAAAGGCUCACCGGUACCUGCAUGAGGAAUUCUGUGCCCUGCAGAAAGCAUAUCAAAGACAACACAACUGAGGCUGGUGGGACAUAUAUCAAAAAGUGUUGCAAAGGUUUCUGCAUUGACAUUCUGAAGAAGAUUGCCAAGUAUGUCAAAUUCACGUACGACUUGUACCUGGUUACCAAUGGCAAGCAUGGCAAGAAGAUCAACAAUGUCUGGAAUGGGAUGGUGGGAGAGGUGGUCUAUAAGAAAGCCGUCAUGGCCGUCGGAUCUCUGACGAUCAAUGAGGAGCGUUCUGAGGUCAUCGAUUUCUCCGUCCCGUUCGUAGAAACUGGGAUCAGCGUUAUGGUCUCACGUAGCAAUGGAACGGUCUCACCAUCAGCUUUUCUCGAGCCAUUCAGUGCAUCAGUGUGGGUUAUGAUGUUUGUGAUGCUCCUACUGGUGACUGCAAUGGCUGUCUUCAUGUUUGAGUACAUCAGUCCUCUUGGCUUUAACAGAAACCUGGCACAAGGAAAAGAUCCCCAUGGUCCAUCUUUUACAAUGGGCAAGGCCGUUUGGCUGCUGUGGGGUCUGGUCUUUAACAACUCUGUGCCAGUGCAGAAUCCCAAAGGAACCACCAGCAAGUUUAUUGUGUCGGUAUGGGCCUUCUUUGCUGUCAUCUUCCUGGCCUCCUACACUGCUAACCUGGCUGCCUUCAUGAUUCAGGAAGAAUUUGUUGACCAAGUCACUGGGCUGUCAGACAACAAGUUUCAGAAUCCAUAUGCAUACUCCCCUCCGUUCCGCUUUGGGACUGUCCCAAAUGGAUCCACUGAGAGGAACAUCAGAAAGAACUACCCUGCCAUGCACCAGUACAUGGUGAAGUACCAUCAAACUGGUGUUGUGGAUGCACUUGUCAGCCUUAAAUCAGGCAAGCUGGAUGCCUUCAUCUAUGAUGCUGCAGUGUUGAACUACAUGGCUGGAAGGGAUGAAGGGUGUAAGCUGGUCACCAUCGGCAGCGGGUACAUAUUUGCUACAACUGGUUAUGGCAUUGCUCUGCAGAAAGGUUCCUUCUGGAAGCGACAGGUGGAUCUGGCCAUCUUGGCUAUCAUCGGAGAUGGUGAAAUGGAAGAACUAGAAGCCCAGUGGCUGACAGGAAUUUGUCACAAUGAGAAGAACGAGGUCAUGUCAAGCCAGCUUGAUGUAGACAACAUGGCGGGGGUCUUCUACAUGCUGGCCACCGCAAUGGGGCUCUCACUCAUCACAUUUGUCUCGGAGCAUCUCUUCUACUGGAGGUUGAGAUACUGCUUCACCGGAGUCUGCUCUGGCACACCAGGGCUUCUGUUCUCCAUCAGCAGGGGAAUCUGGAGCUGCAUCCAUGGAGUACACAUCGAUAUGAAGAAAAAGACAGACCUUGACUUCAGCCCCCAGGACAAAAUGCUUAAGCUCAUUAAGUCUGCAAAACAGAUGACCAACAUGUCUAACCUCAGUGGCUCCCACAUGAACUCGCCUAAACGAGAAUUCAUGCACUCAGCUGGUCCUAUGAUCAUGGACAUGAUGGCAGAGAAAGGCAACUUCAUUUAUGCUGACAACAGAAGCUAUGCUCCCAAAGAUAUGAUCUAUGGGGACACUGGUGACCUUCAGUCUUAUCUUGCAAAUCGCCACAAAGACCACCUCAAUAAUUACAUCUUUCAGGGUGGGCAGCAUCCCCUGACUCUGAAUGAUGCAAAUCCAAAUACUGUAGAGGUAGCUGUGAGUGCUGACACCGUCCAAACAAAUGCCAAACCUCAGCGAACAUUGUGGAAAAAGUCAACUGACACAUUGCGUUCCAUGCCACCGGGACCAUCUCCAAUGCCUGACAUGCUAAUGCCAGAUCCACGAAUAUCUAUGAAGACACAGCGCUACCUCCCAGAAGACACUGCCCAUUCUGACAUCUCAGACUGUUCAAGCAGGGGAGCAACCUACAAGGACCCAGAAAACAACAAGCAUCUGAAACCCAAGGACAACUUAAAAAAAAGAUCCGUGACGUCAAAAUACCCUAGGGAUUGCAGUGAGGUGGAGCUGUCCUACUUAAAGACUAAGCAGGUCAGCAGUGGAACCAACCAAAGUGGGAGAGGAGGGGGAGAGAAAAUCUACACAAUUGAUUCAGACAGAGAGAUGAGCCUCCAUUCAGACUCUGUUCGCUACCGUGAAAGCCAUGGUCUUGCAGCAGAUGAUUUGGAUUACCCUGAAAUAUAUUCGGACCACAGUGAUAACUUCAGAAAGUGUGAGCAGCCAAUCAUUCAUCUGAACUCCUCACCUAUGCAUCACACGGACUCAGACCUUCUCCCAGACUCAGCUUACUCUAAAUCUUACAGCCUAAAAGAGAAAAAUCUUUCCCUUUCCCCUCACGAAUCUAUUGAUCGCUACAAACAGACACACUGCCGUUCUUGCUUGUCCAAAGUACCUGCUAGCUACCCACAAGGAGGGUCAUAUGUCUCGGCAGCAUCUGCUACAGCAUCUGGAACAAGAUCUCCAUACAAUCGUUGUGAUGCAUGCCUUCACACAGCUAACUUGUAUGACAUUAGUGAGGACCAGCUACUUGGUGAUCCCUUGCUUAGCCCCACCCUUCAUCACCAAGAGCAGCAGCAGCCAGAUGAAAUGUUUGGCCUGUAUUGGCCCCAGACAGAUGGGCCACAUGUCCAAAAAAGAAACCGCUUGAGGCUAAGUCGUCAGCACUCAUUUGAUAACAUCAUGCUUGAAAAGCCCAAGGAUGCAGACCCGGGCCGACCAGCACGCAGCGUCAGCCUGAAAGAAAAAGAUCGAUUCUUGGACUCUGCAUCUGACUCCCAGUAUGCCAAUCUAUUCGGGAUGCGCCCUUACUCUGGCAGACUCUUUAGCAGUGGGUCUAAACCAAUGCUGUUUAACAAUAACCUUGAGGAAAGUAAGAGGAGCAAAUCCCUCUACCCAACCCAUGGCUCUGAAAACCCUUUCCUCAGUCACUCACUGAGGGAUGACACCAGCAGCAGACUGGUCCAUGGGCGUAGUUCCUCUGACAUUUACAAACAGCUGGCAGUAGGUUCUCCUGCAUUGGCACUAGGAUCAGCUCCUAUCAAAACACGCAAUGAUGCGAACAAUCUUCGUUCUUCCAUUAAAUCCACUUCUUCAUACUGCUCAAGGGAUGGACGGAUAACUAAUGACAUGUAUAAUAAAGAGCAUGUGAUGCCUUACUCAGACAAUAAGACUAGUGCAUACCCAGCCUCAAGGGGUGUCCUAAACUCAGCCCAGUUCAGCAAUAGGCGGGUGUAUAAGAAAAUUCCCAGUCUGGAAUCAGAUGUUUAGUAGAUAGAAGAAAUGUUUUCUCUCCCUCUAAGUCCUCUUUGGAUUUGUAUUAUAAUUUAUCAACUAUGUUAUCCACUAAGGGAUGUCAUAGCAACUUGACCAUUUUUCUUCUCUUUUACAUUCUAAUCAAAAAAGGAACUUCUGGCCCACUUGGGACUACUUGUAUUGUUAUUAAUCUAUUUCCGCCAUAUUUGUCCAUUCUCUCAUGUACCAAUCAGUUUUUGUCCAGCACUAUUCUUUAAAGUUAAAAACAGGAGGAAGUAAACAAAAAUAAUGCUAUUUAUAGAACUGACAUAUUAAGGAUUCUUUACUGAAGAAAAGCUGUUUUAGUAUUAUAAGAAAAGUUUGUUGAUAUGUGCUAAAAAUGUACAGCCAUUGGUUUUGGCAGUAAUCUUUGAAGAUUGAUUAGGAAAAAGUGAUAAAGGAGCUAAUGCAUUUAAUGUUAUCCUUUUCACAUUUUUUCACUUCCACCUUCACUGAUGAAACUCACUAUGUAAGCAUUUUGGAAGAACAGGGGUGUCAAAGUGAGAUAAUCUAACAGUGUGCUGCUUGUUAGGCUUACAAAAUGUACUGCAAUGACACCUGACAAUGAAGGUGAGGACAAAAAGGGUGAGAAAAUAAGUAGAAAAACUGGAACAACUCGCAAUUUCCGGUAGUUAGUGAUUGCAGGUUUAGUUAGACUGGUUUUCUAUUUUAAAAAUCAUGUCAACAACAGUACGGUGAUGAAAAGAUGAGAACAAUGGAGGUGCUAUCAGUGAAUACUGUUUACAAAGAAAAUGACUUUCGUAAAGAACAGACAACAAGGGACAGUUGAGGGGAUUUCAUUUCUGGCACUGCACAUAUAAAAUAAUUAAAAAGUCUUACUUUUUUAUUCUAUUCAGCUAUGAUAUUUAAAAAUCUAUGUAGAAUUUUAGUGUUUGCUUAUUUGGUAGCACAAUAGCAAUUAGUUUGAAAAUAAACUCUCCCACAUUUGUAUUUUAAAAAAGGCAUAGCUUCCUAAUAAAAAAAAAUCAUCAGGAGUAUUAGGUUAUUUUGCAUGUGUUUAUUUUUUUGUCCUUGAAGAGAAGAAAAAAUGCUCACAAAUAGACAUAUUUAUCAUGUUUCUGAAAAAGGAAAGGCUAGAGAUGGAUGGAUUGCUAUUUUACAACAUAAACUUAGAUCUCUGACCUUAACACAUAGUUAACCUGUAACAAUAAUGUUGGAAGGGAAUAAAGAUAAUAUAAUGGAGGGAAAAGAUAAAAACUGUGCCCACCUUCACCUCAUCCAGGCUGAGGUCAAAUUUUGUUUUUGACAUCUCUGCCACUGAAAAACAGGGUAUUUAGCUUGAAAAAAGAAAAACAUAACUGAUAUCUUCCUUUCCCCUUCAUAUAUAUCUUACUUUUUUUUAAAUAAAGUUACAUCUAUUCUCAUUUAUUCUCUCUUAAUUAGGAUUUACAGUAUCAGUAUUUAAAGGGCAUAUAUAAUCAUUUUUAUAACCUUUCUGUUUUUACUUUAUUUGUUUCAGCUUUGUAGCUCAUUAUAAUUACAGUCAUUCCCAUAAUCAUAAUUUAAACAAUAUAAGGCUAAAAUAAAAAGGGUUAAUUUUUCUGGUGAGGAGAAAUAUUUACUUUCUGCAAAGUUCAUUUGGAGAGUUUAGUUAUAGGUGGUUUAGCUCUAACCAAAAAUGUUGAUCUGUUCACCGGCAUGAUUCUUAUUAGUGGAUACAGUUUUUAUUUUUUAUUUUUGUCUUCCUAUUGCUUCUUUUCCAAGAUAUAGGUAGUCUGUAUUUUACUCUGUAGGUUUUAAAUACACAACACAAAAGCAUUGUUCAAAUCACUUCUUUGAGAGCUCUGUCUGUUAGACUACUCAAACUCAUUAAGUCUGUUUUAAAGUACUUUCUUUACAUCAAUAUUAGUAUGUUUUUAUCCCAAAGUGUCAUUCAAGCUAAUGCUGCACGGGUGGUGAAUUGUAAGGAGGUUUACAUAUUGAUAAACAAAUAGACAGAAGCUAAAGUCAAGCAUUAAUGUAUUAACUUGCCUCAGUAAGGAAAACAAUUAAUUGUAGAUUUAAUAAAGCAGUUAGGAUAAGCAAUUAAGUUAACUAAGAAUUGGUGUUAAUUUAAUAUAAUCUGUCAACAUCAACAGAUGUGUUGUACGGAUAUCGGACUCAUAAAAAGUCCUAUAUCCGCUGCAAAAGUGAUUAAUCUUGGUUUUGUUUCAUAAUUUUCAGCAAAGAAUGUUUACAAAGAGGGGCACAAUCUCAUGAGCAGGAAAAUUGCUUGCUCCAUAUUUUUUAUUUGUGGCCAAUAGGUGCAAACCCUGGACAGGUGGUCAGACCAUCACAGUGAAACUCAGAGACACUCAUGACAUAAACCAUGCAGUCAAAUACUCAUACCUGAAAAAAAUUAAGAGAAAGAAAUUAACCUAGGCAUGUCCAAUGUUGGUUGUGGGGGGCCCCUGUCCUGCAAGUUUUAGAAGUUUCCCUGCUUUCAGCACAGUUGACUGCUGAUUAACAAGAUUUGACAUCAGAAUCAGCUGUGCUGAAGCCAGGGUCAGAACUACAGUAAAUGGGGGUCCUGGGAUAGCCAUGGCCAUUAUUAACUAAUCAUUGGCCACCCCUGUGGCCUCCCCACCAUGCCCCUACUAGGAGAUUUCAUUAAGAAGCAGUUCUUCUCCAAAACAAAGGGUGGCAGCAGUGAUACUCUUAAGUGGAAAGUUCUCAAAGAUUUUUAAUUGUUAAUUAACGUAUGUUCUUUUCAGAACUUUGCUCUAUGUGGUAGAGCAAAAAGUAGUGUGUCUGUGCAAGUCAUCUAGGAGUUUUCUAUGAAAGUAGAGAUAAAUAGAGAGGAAUUAAUUUAAAGCCGAGCACAUCGAAAAUCCCUUAAUAACCAAUCUUAGACAUACCUGAGUGAACGAAAUAUUUAUGUUUUGGGACUGAAGAAGACAGAGUAUCCAGAGGGAACCCAUGCGAGCAUGCUAAGUUAUAUUUUAUAAAAUAAUAUAGAAUUAUAGCUUAAAAAUAUGAUUAUACUUGCCCUUUAAAGACUGUAGUUUUAAAGAAGAUUGUUCUCAAAUUGUGGGCUCUUUAUCCAUUGUAGACUCUCGGUAGAGGGGACCUGAGGGAAAAGAUUUCUUGAGAUGGAUUCCUUGUUUUCCUUUCCAGCAUUGUUUGGGUGGGGUGUGGGCCAGGGUUGUUGGAGCUAAAAUGAAUCCAACAUUAUAUACUCAUCCAUCACAUAUCCCUCUCUGGGGAUUAAGUAGCCAUGCAUGCUAGAUCUUGGGCACGUUUGAAAUGAUAAUCAAUUAUUUUUUAGAAUAUUUUCUUUGCUUUUGUUUUGAGGGGGCCGGGGGCAUUAAUCUGAUUAUUUGUUUAUUGAUAUAUUUUGAUAUUUGCUGAAAAAUAUGUAUGUGCAUAUAGUUUUCUUUUCACUUGUGCCAAAUGUUUUGUAGCAAAAAAAAAAAAAAAACUGUAAAAAUUGCACACUUAAAAAAAACGUCUUAUCUUUGUUCAAUUAUUUGCUUAAUUGAUUGGAUCCACUAAGCCAAAUUGUAUCUAAAUGAAAAUACCUCAGGAUGAUUCUGUGCAUUUUGGAGGAGUAGUAGCAACAGAGCAAAAUGUGCCACAGGUUUUUGUAAAAAAAAAAGAAAAAAAAAAAAAACACAUAUAUAUAUAUGAGGAAUAAAAAGUUAAAAUAUGCUACAAUUUAUUGUGGCCACAACACAGAUUUCAACUUUUUUCCUGUUUACUAUACAAGUCCAAAGUCUUCCAGUGUCGCUCUAUGUUGGAGCCCAUGCAAUUAGAGAGAAGGAAAGAAGAGGAGGGUAAGAAAGGAAUUGAGGAAGGGGUUUAAGAGGUUCUUGGCUCUACCUUUUUUUGCCAAACACUGCACCAUUCACAGAAUUAAUUCUGAAAAGCUACCCCUAUACGGUAUAAAGGAGUUGUCCCUCCUCUCUACUUGACUGCAUUUGCCACUGUGUUUCAACAAAAGCUCCAUCCUUGCUACUUUUUAAUGAUAUCUGUCAUAACACUGUUUGUGAGAUACUAUGGUGAACCUCUCAUUUUCCAAAUACGCCUCCCUUAUGUUAACUUAAACCCUUUUUUUCCAGUUUUUUUUUUUUUUUUUUUGCAUUUACAUGCACAUUCAUUAUGGUUAUAAUCAUAUUUAUCUCCACAUGCUGCCUGUGUGAGCUGUCAAGUGAACAAUAUGCACAUUGAAAAUAUCAACAAGGCAGCAUUUUGUUUCAUGAAUUCACAACAGUUCUUUCAAUUUGUUCAACUUUUACACAACCAUCAUGUAAACAGAUGCUGACUUUUGUUAAAACAUGCACCCAAAAACCCACCCUUGUGAUGACAACUCUGCUCUUUUUAAAUGGCAAAAAUGUAUUUUAAUUACAUUUAAUUAUAAAAAAUGAGGUGAUAGCAUGCAACC